GGGAGACUUGUGAGAGAGAAAAGAAACAGACGCGCUCGCUUCCUUGUCCCUCCAACCUCCUCUCCCCCAACCGCCCGAGGCGGUCGCCGCCCCCCGCCGUGCCCUCGCCCGCGCGGGAGACGGCGCAGCAACCUCGCGUGAGAUCCCCCGUCGAUCGGCAGGAUGGUGGUGGCCACGGAGGAAAUGGCGGUCUACUGCUUUGACACCCUCGUCGCCCACUACACCGGCGAGCAGCCGCCGCCUCCCGCCUUCGAGGAUGGAAACCACCCAUUGUUUGUGACCUGGAAGAAGGUUGCCAAUGGUUCAGAACCACGCCUCAGGGGAUGCAUAGGAACCCUGGAGCCCCGUCAGAUUGUCAGUGGCUUUAAGGACUACUCCCUAACUAGAUAUACGGUAAGCUCGAUAUCCUCUCACAGUGCCCUGAGGGACCGACGCUUUCCCCCAAUACAAUCAAAGGAACUCCCAACCUUGGAAUGCACAGUAUCUAUACUCACUGAUUAUGAAAUUGCAGAGGGCUACCUUGAUUGGGAGGUUGGAAAGCAUGGUUUAAUUAUCGAAUUUACAGAUCCAGAAUACAACAUAAGACGCAGUGCAACCUAUUUGCCUGAAGUUGCAGGCCAUGAAGGAUGGACACAUGCAGAAACCAUUGAUUCGCUCAUGAGGAAGGCAGGUUACCAAGGUACCAUCACUGAGUCCUUGAGGAAGAAAAUCAAAGUCACCCGCUACCAGAGCACCCUGUGCACCAUGCACUAUGGUGAAUAUGUUGCAUACCUCAAGAAGAAUAGAGGUGCAGCCCCGUCAAUUAGUGGGGUGCCUGCAGUUAAUGGCUUCAAGCCAGGUCAUUGAUUUAUCCGUAUUGAAAAAAGCUCAAAGAACAUAUUAUUAUAAUUCAUCUGGGAGCAAUUUGGGGUGUGCAAGUGUAACCACCCCUCACAAUUGAUUGAUCUAGCGUCAUUUCUUUCCAAGGAAGGCCAAAUAGGGGCGUCAUGACAAGCACCUAGAAUAAUGUCUUCCUGGGAUGUAUGAUGCUUAUGUAUCUUGAAAACACAUGUGCUUCAAGAAGUUCAAAUUAUGUGGUGGAAUUAAUUGAUUCGAGAUGUCAUUCCUAGUUCCA